UGCACCAGAGUGCACUAGGAGCAGGAGACAAGAGUAGUGGAUACAGUGUACACUCCGAUCUAUACUCACUGACGUGUAAAUACUAAACACUGUAACAUGGAUUAAUUCUAGUCUGUUCUAGUCAAUCAACUUACUCAUGUCUAAAUAUUCGGAUCUAGACGCGCACAGUAGAAACUGUCCGUCCUGUAUCCGGGUUCGGGAUGGAGAGCACGGUUCCGGAGUAGGACGAGGAGGAAAGAAGCAUAGUUUACCAUGCAGGAAACUAGCAGAAUCCAUGACAAAGAUCAGAAGAUCUACAAGCUCUCUUUCAUACGCGGAUAUUGUAUACAGAAAGGAGGAAAGUUUCGAAGGUUCUACCUAUCUUACUCCGACCCAGAGAAAGAAUAAUGAAAUAAAGAAGCUGCGAGCUGAACUAAACAAAGCCUAUGAUAUUAUUAAAACUAAAGAUGAGGAGAUCAUUUCCCUUCGGAAAGAGUUGGUUAAGUUUAAAGGAGGAUUAUCUCCGGACUAUUUUGAAGCAACCUCAAUACCAGAUUCUGGAAACUGUGAAGAUCCAGACUCGGAGCAUGAACCGGAGACUUCAUCCGUCCUGAGAAACAUAGAUUUCGAGCUGAUGGAGACAACCUUGAGAGAGGAGGAGGAGUCGAGGCAGCAGCUCAGCGCGGAGAACCAGGAUCUCAAGUUUCAACAGGAGAACAUCAAUCAGCAGAUUCAGGAGCUUAAAUCUAGUCACGAGGAUGAACUGCUAGCUCUGCAGGAGAGGUUUGAGUCGGAGAGAGAAAGGUUGAAGGGAACCCAUAAUGAGAGGUUGGAAGAGGUUUUGACAGGGUUGGCUGAUACCACGCUUCGUUGCACCCGGCUCCAGGAAUCUAUUGAGAAGAAGCAGAUAAAAUUGGACGAACAAUGCGAGCAUUUAGAAACACUAAGCUCCAAGCUACUAACCCUACACGGAGAGGUUCAAGCCAAAGAAAACCUGUGUAUUGAUAAAGAAAGGCAAAUUAAAUCAUUGAACCUGGAAAUCCAAAGAUUAAGUAAAGAUUUAGAAUCUAGUGAAAAAAUGUGUGAACGCCUAAAACUUGAAAUAUCUCAGUUAAAGCUGGAGUUACAAUGUUCUCAAGCCCCCAGUAUACCAGGCCUAGAUACAAAUACAAUUAUCCAAAAACUAAAGGAAGAACUGGCCUACAGUCAAGGAAUAAUUGAGUCCCAAGAAUCUGAUAUUAAGAAGAUAAGAAGUGAGGAAGGAGGAAUAAAGUACCUGAACCCUAAUCAUGUAUCCGUGCAAACAGAAAACAGAACCAAAGUUGACAAUAUAAACCAGGUAGAUUUCUGGAUCGACCUGUCUGAGGAUAGACCCGGAGAAGAUGAGUCCAAGGAGAACAGUGUCCUGGUGACGUAUCAGUUCCUGAGAAGAUCAAUCUAUUAUUAUCUUACAGACAAGGAUAACAAGGAUUACCAUCUCAAGUCUAUAGAACGUCUUCUUCAGUUUACUGAAGGAGAGAAGGAGGUGAUAGAUCGUCAGAAACCACUCAGGAAAUAUUAAACAUGUUUAUAGUCUUGCAAAAAUAUCUAAAUGCAGUUUUCAUUAAGUAUGUGUUGAAAUGUUAUCUGCGCAAUUGAGUAAGUUCUGACCGGCGUUGAGUAAUGCGCUCGGGAGAAGUUGUGAUCGUGAGUACUUGUGCUCGUGAAUACUUGUGCUCGUGAGUACUUGUGCUCGUAAGUACUUGUGCUCGUGAGUACUUGUGCUCGUGAAUACUUGUGCUCUUGAGUACUUGUGCUAUUGAUGAAUUCUAUUAUAGUUUGAUGUAUUAAGUGUUUACAACAUAAGGUUGCUAUGAUAUAGGGAUUAAAAAAGUGCUCUUGAGUACUUGUGAUCGUGAGUACUAGUGUCCGUGAGUACUUGUGUCCGUGAUUACAUGCUCCCGGAAAUUCUUGUCUUCGUGUGAACUAGUGACUGUUAGACUGUGAGAACUUGAGACUGUGCGAACUUGUGUCCGUGAGUUUUUGUGCUCGUGAUUUUUUGUGUCCGCGGGUACUCAUGGUCAAUGAGAACUUGUGUCCGUGAGUCUUUGUGCUGAUGAGUAUUUGUGUCCGUGAGUUUUGGUGCUCGUGAGUAUCCGUGUCUGUGAGUUGUAGGUGGAAACCUGGACCAUGUCCAUACUUGUGACGAUGAAAACUUUUGUUUUUGAGUUAUUGUGUCCGUGAGAAUGAAGGUUCUUGAGUAGAGUUACCCUGAGUACUUGUGUCCAUGAGUAUAUGUGUUCGUGAGUGUGUUUUCCCGUUAGCACUUAUUACCGUGAGUUAUACUUGUGCCCGUGAGUACUUUACGAAUGGCGUUACAACUAAUCGUUCACACUCGUUCAUUCAUAGUGUGUUCACAAUUAAGUUUUUAUAAUAAUCCAAUAUUUAGAUAUUAUAUUUAGAUUGUAUACGACAAACUUUUAAGAUUUCUUAAUAUCACAUAGUAGGAACCCGAUUAGUAUUAAUUAUUUGUCAUCAGAUAUUAAUUUCGUAUUAAUAGUUGUUAUUAGUAUUGAUAUUGAAGAUAUAUUUAUUAUUUUAA